AUGGCUUCCAAGAAGACUAAGUCCGCCGCUGCCGGCGACGAUAUUGACGACCUCUUUGAUGGCAUUAGUGACAAUGUUGCUCCCCCCAAGAAGUCGCUCGAGAAGAAGCCCAAGCCUACCACCGCCGCCUCCAAGGCCAUGGCUGAUAACGACAUCCUGGCCGAGCUCGAGAAGGACCUCGAGCAACCCUCCCGUCCGCAUACGCCGCGUCUUAAGGAGACGGCAGCGAAGGGCAUUCCCAAACGUUCUGCGACCCCUACCACCGAUGACAAGUCGACUGCCCCCCGCAAGUCUACCGACAGCGCACGAUCUCUCCGCGCGAGCUUCACACCCAGUGCCACGAGCUCCGACCUGCAAGAACCUGAGAAGAGACCUGCUGAGCAGCUUGUCGCCGCCUCUUCGUCAGCUGCUGCUCCCGAAGCCGCGCCCGCUGCGGGAGGUGGUUGGUGGGGUGGCAUCUUUAACACGGCCACUGCUGCCAUGAAGCAGGCCGAGGCUGCUGUCAAGGAGAUUCAGAAGAACGAGGAAGCCAAAAAAUGGGCCGAACAAGUUCGAGGAAAUGUUGGUGGCCUCAGGGCUCUUGGUGACAACCUUCGCCAGCAAGCCCUUCCGACAUUCACAAACAUCCUUCAUACCAUUGCUCCUCCCAUCAGCUCCCACGAGAGACUCCUCAUCCACAUUGCCCACGAUAUGGUCGGAUACCCUUCCCUCGAUCCCUUGAUCUACGGCACCUUCUCCCGCGUCAUGUCCCAAGUGGAGGGCGGUGAGUUGAUGGUCAUUCAGAGAGGCCAGGAAACCCACAGCCGCAGAUACUCCAGCGACGGUGGCGCGGGCUGGAGAGACGGUCCUUGGUGGAGACAAUCUGACUCCCCGCGUGACCUGGGUCUGAUCAAGGGUCUGACUGAGGGCACGAAACUCUGCCGUGCUGGAGCUGAAGGUUACGCCAGCGAGUACUUUGCAGCCAACGGCGGUGUCGAGCAGGCUCGGCUACGUGCAACUGAGCCGGUGAGCGAAGACAAUCCGGUUCGCAGCUCCGACCUGUUCCUUGCCAUCCAGGCUGUGGGUACUACGGCCGACGCGGGUCUCUUUGCCCGUACGUCCGCUGUUGAGAAGGAGAAGGAGGCUUCGGCCGUGGCCGAGCAGGACGACGCCGACGAGAUGGUUUGCUUCGCCGUCUUCUGCCUCGACCCUGUCCAUGAGAUCGAGUACUCGGCCAUCAGCCAGUCCAUCCCGGCCAAGUGGAUCCGCUGGCUGGACGCCUCCAACCCGCUGACUCCUGCCAGUGGCGAGGACGGCCAGGAAGAUUUCCUGGGUCAAUCAAUUCCGGACGAGAUCCGUGAGAUUGUCGAGGGCGGUGGUGUCGAUCCCCGCGAGUGGGUCGCCGAGUGGAUCGAGGAGUUGCUGAGUCUGUCUGUGGGUGUUGUGGCACAGAGAUAUGUUGCCAGGAGAAUGGGUGUCGGCGAAGGAGGUAUCGGCAAGGGCAAGAGGCGUAUGGACGAGCUCGUCCAAGAUGGCGGUGGCGAGGCUGCUCGGGCUGGUCUCAUCUAA